AUGGAUAUACUAGAUAUUUUUGAGAGCCAGAAGGGCAAAGAAAAGUUGGCAUUUAAAAAGUAUAUGUAUGUUGUCAUUGAUUUUGGUUCAAGCUGUUUUGAACAUCAGAGAGUGUACACAUACAUUCAAAGUCGGUUUUAUCGAGCACCUGAAGUAAUUUUGGGUGCAAAAUAUGGACUUCCAAUUGAUAUGUGGAGCUUAGGUUGCAUUCUCGUAGAACUAUUUACYGGUUUUCCAUUAUUUCCAGGUGAAGAUGAAACUGAUCAAUUGGCUUGUAUUAUCGAACUUUUAGGAAUGCCACCUAAAAAGCUUCUAGAUGCUUCGAAGCGUGCUAAUUAUUUCAUAAGCUCUAGAGGAUAUCCAAGAUAUUGCUCCCAGACCACAUUACCUGAUGGUUCAACCAUUCUCAAGGGAAGUAUAUCACGGAAGGGUAAAGCUCGAGGUCCACCCGAAUCUAAAGACUUAUCAAAAGCGCUCAAAGGCUGUGAUGAUCCACUGUUCUUAGAUUUUAUUACUCAGUGUUUGGAAUGGGACCCUGAGCGCCGUAUCACACCAGCUAUGGCGCUAAGGCACAGUUGGUUACGUCGUAGACUUCCUCGUCCCCCCGCUGCUGAACAUCAACAUUAUUCACAAGAAAGCACUCCUACUAGUUUAAGGGUAAAAUUAUCUGAGUCAAAUCAUCAUCAAACAUUGCCCAUGCAUUCCAGGAACUCUCAGAUAUCGGGUAAAUUACCCCAGAUCACAUCUACAUGUAUUAUGUAA